CCAACCCCGCCGCUCGCUCGUCCAAAUAAUUUACCUCCGUCCCCUACUAUCUCCGUCUCCUCUGGAAGCGUCGCGUGUGGUCCUACCCAAAUCCGCCACGCAACCCGGCAUUUGCGCCACUUGUGAUGGCGGCGGCGAGGCACCGGAAGGAGGAGGAGGACGAGAUGCUGCUGGACGACGGCGACAUCGAGGAGAGCCCCCGCGACAGCUUCCGCGACUCCGACGACGACGAGGCGGAGGAGGAGGGGCGGGGCGAGGACGGCGACGGGAUCGGCUCCUUCGAGUCGCACCAGUGGCCGCAGAGUUACCGGGAAACAACUGACACCUACACAAUUGCUGCGUCUCCCAUCUUCGGUUACCUUGGUCCUUCAACCAGCAAAUACUCAAUCGAUGGUGGCCGCAGUGGCCUGGCUUCUGACAUCAAGCUGCCUUUCAUCUCGGAUAAGCUAGAAUCUGUCAAGAGCCUGAGGCGACAUCUUCUUGGUUCAGUCAGAGACGAGAAGCUCUCAUUUCAGUAUACUGGAGAGAUUUACGUCGGUCAAGGGUGCAGCGUGACACAGACAGUCUUCAAUGGUAUUAACGUACUCGCUGGUGUUGGCCUUCUUUCCGCUCCGUUCACAAUUCAUGAAGCUGGAUGGGCUGGUCUUGCAGUUCUGUCUGUUUUUGCAAUUAUUUGCUGUUAUACUGGAGUUCUUCUCAAACAUUGCUUCGAGAGCAAAGACGGCAUUGCAACCUAUCCAGACAUCGGGGAGGCCGCCUUUGGAAGAAUUGGCCGCUUGAUCAUAUCUAUUAUUUUGUAUACUGAAUUAUAUCUUGAUUAUUGA